AUGGCGACGUCAACCACCACCACAACAACAACAACAACCACGACCUCCAGCCCCUCCGCCACGACCAUUCCACUCUCCACCUCAUCAACAACAACAAACAGUGGUGGGAAUGGCAGCAGUAGUGGCGUGAAAGUCCUCGCAACACUCACCAAACGCUCCCUCCUCCCCGCAGCCUGGAACACCCAAGUGCGCACCGUCCAAACCCACGAAUGCCGCGAGGCGGCCCUCAGUCUCGCGCACGCGUUCCAGGCGGAUGACUACGCGAGGUAUCUGGUGGAUAUCGAGAGCAACCCCGCUGUUGAAUCCCCUCUUUCCAACGAUAAUACCGCCACCACAUCUGGAGGGGUGACGUUCACCUGGGCUGGUUUCGGCGGCGAGGCAAAGGGACGACAGGGCAAGGGUGCGGCGGAAGACAAAUGGAACCUUCACGUCGAUAUCCUGACUUACACCGUCGCCUCUCACUGUAUCGGCGGGGGGCUUGUGACGACGGUGGGGGAGGAUUUUGAUAGUGUUGCUCUUUGGGUACCACCCAACCCACCCCCCUCCCUCGACAGCUACCUAACUCACUUCCGCUCUGGGCUCUGGCGUCUGCACUUCCAACUCUGCGCUGAAGGCCGUCGCCGUCUCUUUGAUGAGAUCCUCCCUCUGCUUCACGACACCAAGCGGGAGGUCUUGGGCCCGGAGAAGGAGAAUGAUGCUUGGUAUUUGGUUUACUUGGGCACUAAACCGAGAUCUCAGGGGAGGGGCUUGGGGGGACGGUUGCUGAGGGAUGGGAUGAUGAGGGCGGAUAGGGAGGGGAGGCAGAUGUACCUUGAGUCGAGCUCGGCGGUGAAUAAUGAGUAUUACAAGAAGUUUGGGUUUGAGAUCAAGAAGGAGAUUUAUUUGAAGAGGGGAAGGUGGCCGGUUAGGUUGACUAUCAUGGUGCGGGAGCCGGGCGCGACGGGGAAGGGGAGGAGGGUUGGCAAGGUUGUUGGUUGAUUUGGGAAAGAGAGGAAGGGAUGGUUUCUGGUGCGUCUGGAUUUUCUGUUUUUGGAUGUUUGAUGCUGGUUGAUCAACUCAACCUAUGGUGAUUUUUGACCAAGUUUGAAAGGGGGUCGUUUGCUUACAUGUAUCGCCAUACUCAACAUAUGGCUCGCAGAUUGACUUUUUGUUUGUUUGGCUAAUUGGUCUUGGAUUCUUGUUUGAGAUGAUGUUUUGCGCUCUUUACGACUGUUAGGUCAGAUCUACCUAGAUAGUAGCUAUAAUCCACCGAACAACUGCAAUGAUCCUUCGGUAGCCCCAAAUCAGAAUGCCAUGGGAAUUGUACGUACUCUACAGGAGGCAAAUCAAAGCAAUCAGUCAAAUAACUGGC